AUGGAUCUGGUGGUGCGGCUGUCGGCAGGCGCAUUGCGUCCAUUGAUCCUCGCAGCAGCUCAGCCGGCGUUAACAAUACAGCCAGCACUCGUUGACUGUUCAUUGCACACGUAUACGUUAGUUAGCAGGGCCUGCCUGCGUGCCCCUGACCAGCCACCCACCCAGCAAGCCAGCAAGCCAGCCAGCCUUCUAGCUAGAGAGCUAUCCAAAGACCAGUCUUGUGACGAGCAAGCUGCUACUGGAUAUCAACCAAGAACUAUUAUUGGUAAAGCUUCUGAAACUGGAUCCGAUCUGUUCACAACGGCUAAUGCAAUAAACAGAAGAGACCCAGUGCCGAACUUCAUCUCCACCACACCCCAGCUCAACGGGGAUGCGAGUCCCUCCCCUCUGGAGUCAGCAAUACCCCCACCCACAGGUCACCCGUUUCCUCCAGUCAACGCUGCCAAGCCAGACACGAUCAUCAACAACAACUCAGUCAUCACAGCAACCGCUGCUGCAGCCUCGCUGCCCCACCAUCCAUUCUCUACCACUACCACAACCACCACAACCACUACCACUUCUGCCUCCAACAUCAGCAGCAAUGUCAUCCAGAGUAACCCCGCCCACCACGCCCGUCUCGCUUCUCAGGGUCUAGGGGGUCCACCCCGCCCUGCCCAUCAGGAUCUGCUUCCUGGUAGACCCCAGGAGCUGAUCCAUCAGGAUCCUACCCUGAAGGAGAGGAAGAACGAGAGACUUAUACAGAGAGACCAUUCACUGGACAGAGGAGACAAUAGAGGAAGCGGCUUUAGUAAAGGACCUGGUUGGAAUAGUAAUUCUGGUCACAUUGGGCCGCCCAACGGAGCAGGGGCACGAGGUACCCCGACCCAUCGGCCCUCUUCCCUUCAGCCAUACCCCAACGGCCAGUACCACCAGCAGCAGCAGCAGCAGCAGCAACACAAUAGCCAGCAGCCUAAGGGCCCUCCACCCAAUCAUCCCAACCCCCACAUGUUCUCAUCCCCCUUGCUGCCACCACCCCCACCACUGACAUCGAGCACGCCACUCGCAGCCCCCAACCAGGGACAACCCCCUCAAUAUUCAGAGCAGCCACCGGCGCACUAUCCACAGAGUGGACCACAGCCGCAACCGUCGGCGCCCCCUACCAAUCCUCAGCAGCCACCCACCCCACAACAGCAACAGCAGCAGGCACAACACCAACAAGAGCUGCUUCGGCAAGAGCUCAACAACCGUUUCCUGGCGUCUCACAACCCCAGCAUGUCGGUUGGCCCCCCUCCGUACCUCCGCCAAGAGACUCAUAUGCACCAACACAUGCACCAACACCAGCAUACCCACCAGCACUCGUUCCUGCCUCCGUCUGCUGCAGCACCACCAGGUCUGGUGACCUCUCCCGCAGCACCACACGUGGUGCGUGACGCCGAGAGACUCAGGCAGCAGGCAAUCAGGCUAGGAAUGGGUGUUCCACCAGGCAUCAAUCCAAUGUUUCCACCAACCAGCUUACCCAGUGGAUUUGGGUCAGGAGCCCAUGGUGCUUUCCAACCAAAGAGUUGGCCAGAGGGUGGUUUGCAGCUUUCCAGGUUGGAUAACCGUGUCAGCAAACCACUCAUGAAGAAACGUGGAGAAUGGUGCGCAGCCCAUGUAAAUGUUGCAUGGCUAAUAUAUCACCAUCAGCAGAAGGCCAAGGUAGAUGCUCAGAAGGAUAGCUUGAAGCAAGAAGCCUUCCUUGGCAAGCCCGGUGGCGGACCUCAUAUAUUUUCUCCUCCCAGGCCACCUGAUCUCCACCUGCAGUCUAAUCUCUUUCCUCAUGGUGCACCAGGAGGUCCAUUGAACCUCCAAGGUGGUCCUCAUCACCCCAGCUUCUUGAAUGCAGCUGGACCUACCUUCGGUCUACCUCCCAUGCCCAGACCAGCAAGUUACGGGCCAGGUAACCUGGGCUUUCCUUUAACAGGACCAGGUAUGAAAGGCGGCAGUUUGAAUGCCAGCAUGUUCAACGGUCGAGAGGCUAUCGGCUUACCGGGUCUAACCAGUCCACACCAGGGUCAAUGGGGGAGGCUUCACAGGACCCCACCAGGCUUCCCAGGCAUGCCACCGGGCACCUGGGCCAAACCAGAACCAGAGAGGGCCAAAGAAGGGUUCCAUUUCAGCCUGGACAGAGAGAGGGAACGCGAACGGGAGAGACUCAAGGAUGAGGAGAGGGAACGAGAGCGGGAAAGGGAACGCGAACGGGAGCGGGAACGAGAAAAGAUCGAGAGAGAACGGGAAAGGGAGAAAGACAAAGAAAGAGACAGGGAGCGCAAGGAUGGAGAGAGGUCAGUGAAUCAUGGACCUUCAGAGGGAUGGUCUAACGAUCGUGACAGAGAGAGCCGACCGACGGAAAGUGAAUCAAGAACACUAAAUCACGCUCGCGUACUGGACAAUGAUCGUGAUCAUGAAAGGAGAAAAGAGGAACGCAGCUCCGAGAGUCGUUCUAGUGAUUUGAAACGUGUGACCCCUCCUAGUCGCCAUGUUAAUGAUGCAGUAAGACAUUCAACGUCGCGAGGUCAUGAUGGACGAUUUGAUAGCGCAUUCAACAAUGUGUUACAUCCAAACUCGCUGACCGCCAAAGAGGAGAGACGGGAGCCUGAAAAGGAAAAGCCUUCGGAGAGAUUGCCAGAGCCGCGUUUACCGGAAAGGAUCCCAGAGAGGAUACCAGAGAUGUUACCAGAGAGGAUGCCUGAGAGGCUGCCAGAAAGGCUACCGGAAAGAUUCCCUCCGGAAGUAAUGGCAUUGCAUCAGGCAUCCGUCCUCAAUUCCAUGAACCAUAUGAAUCCUAUGAUGUCAUUGUUAGACCGUCGCUUGCCAGGUAUGCCCUUCUCACCGCUCCUCCAUAUGGAGAGACAUCCCAACCCACAGAUCCAAGGUCCUUGGGAUCCGUUCAGGGGUAACCUGGAAGCGCUGCAUCGCGAGCAGCAGAUGAGACUUGAGCGUGAGUACGAGCGUGAUCGUCUGAUGCGAUCUGCUCUGCAUCAGCCCAUGGGACCAAUCAUUGAGCAUCCAGAUAGGCUGCGUGAACGUGAGCACCAUGACUUCUCGCGAGAUAACCCUCUUGCCAUGGAAUCCACCAUAAGGCACCUGGAACAAGAGCGCAUGCACAGAUACCUCGAGGAGCGCGACCGCGCCCUAGCUCUACGUGAGGAUGUGGAACGAAGCAGACUCAUCCACGCGACCUCCCAGGACCCCCUCAACCCUCUCAACAGACCCUCCAUUGGGGGGAUUCCCCCUUAUUCAAGGACUAGCUCUAUCUUCUCAAACUCUUUGCACAAGAACAGUUCACCGCCCUCCACCCUAUCUGCCCCUCCCCCACCCCUGGUUUCCUCGGCUGCAACAAGUAACGGCCCGUCUCAUGGGGGGCUGAGCCAUCUAGGGCCCCACAGUCAUUCAGCAUCUCCUCAUCUGACAGGCACCAGGAACAGUUCACCUGCAGACUCUAACCCAUCCAAGGGCAAAGCAACUCCUGAUAAAGAUUCCCAUUCAAGAUAGGACAUGGUUACCAUGUAGCCUCUCAACGUUUAUCUUUCUUCUCUCUGUCUGUCAUAGCUGUGAAGCCUCAACAUGUUUUUCCCAUGUUUUCAUAGGAAAUAGUUUUUACUGUUGAUUAUCAAACAGUCGUGAUAGCACAUGACCCUAUUGUAUCAUAGAGGGUACCUUUCAAACAAUCAACCAUGUCCCCAAACACUAACUUACCAAACACCGUUAACCCAUGAUGGUAUGUAUGUAUACCUAUGGUUUGGUUCCAGAGUUGUAUUUUGAGACUUGCCAUUUACUUUGGAAAGGAUACAAUGCUAGCUUUAAAUAAUUACACUUUGUUUGUGCAUAGCACAUCUUCAUUCAAAACGGGAACACCUUUUGUACUACUCCUAUAUAUUUGUAACUUUCAGGAACAUGGCAAUUUCCUGUUGGAAAGUUGCUCAUUUUAAUUGAUUAUUUCAAAUGUAUUAAUUUACUUGUACAUUAAACAGAAAUGAGGCUAUUACAUUUUUUUAAUACCUGAUAGAAAUUUUAGGAUAUAAAUCCUGUUUCAAUACCUUUUUACUUGAUAUCAAUUGUCAAUUACAACUGUUUCAUCAAAUAAAUCCUUGUGCAAUGUACCCGUCAUUGAAGUCUUUUAUGAUCCCAGCAAAAUGGGCUCAUUUGUAAAUGAAGAUGGAAAGAAAAAUAAGCAAGUUCCAAAAUAUUUUAAUCCCUCCUCCUUAAUAUAUGUGAAAGGUUCAUUAUGCAAGUGAAAUCGUUUUAAGAACUUUUAUUCUCUAAUUUGUGUGGAACUGUUUUGUAUGUGCCAAAUAUGUUGUAGAGUAAUGAGAGAUCAUGAGAAGUAACAUUCCAAAGAGAAAGAGGGAUAUUAUAAAUUCUAAAACAAGACAGUCACCAAUUCUUUCCUGUUAUUUAGUUGUACAAUGCUGUCAACGACCGUCAGUUUGUUAUCUGUUUGGUGCUUAUCUGGGAAUAAACAAGCAGGGUGAAUUCCUCUGGUGUAAUUAGGUGUUAGUGUUAGUGUUAACAUCACAGGUUAACUUAGUGGACACUUCAAGCUCUGUUAUUUCAUUGACACCACUGGAAGCAUUAUGGGUCGACACCAGCACCAAGGUUCAAAACUGUGCUUUAAAGUCACCCACCGUGGAUUUUAAAUCUUACAUGAAUCAUCUGAAAUGAGUUGUGAAAUCAGUCGUAUUUUCUUUUUGAAAUAGUUUUGUUGUUGUUGAUUGUAGUCAUGAAUCAAACUCUCUAUGGGCCUCACCAUGUAGGAUGACUUAGGGAAAGGUUGUGACGAUGGUGGAAUGUGACUUUUUUAUAAAAUUGAUUUGUAAAUGAUACAAAGUUAAAUUUCAAACAACUGAUGAUCAGUCUUUCCCUGUUAAAUUAGAUUGUUAUAUUUCAUGCAAUGUAUGAGUGAUUGUGCUUCUUACAUCAUGGCAUGAAAUUUAUUAUGGAUUUGGUAAAUGCAUAUCCUCUAAAUCCUUUAAUAAAACAUUCAAUGAACUUUUGUUUUUAAACUUCUUCAACAAGUAUGAUAAUUGGCUAUCAAACAACUCUGUGAAAUAUAUCUGUGUUGGAAUAAUUGACAAGUGUGGGGUGGCAUUGUGUUAAUAUAUGGAAAAUGUCUAUAAAUUGGUCAUUCUAAGUUCGGUACAUGUUUUAUUUUGAUCUUAUCAGGUCCAGAGAAAUAUCAAUAAAGCAUUUCAGAGUAUCAUUUGUUUUAGACAUUGUGAAUAUCUAAGGGAAGAUAAAAAGUGAAAUGUACGCAAGCCUUAAAGAGAUUUGUAUUCUUUUCUGGACAGGGGACAUUUAGGCAUAAUUUUCUCCUUAAAUGAUGUGAAAGAGAACCCUGCUUGCUGAUAUAAAUCCAACCCAAAGCUUGAUGAUUAAUGCUUCAAAGUAAUCAUAAAAUGGUGUUUUAAAAAAAUAAAUGUGUUCAUCAAUUUUUAGUCUUGAUGUGUAAUCAUAAUGUAUGUAUGGAUAAGUGACACACAUCUCAGUGUGUAGUCAAUCUCUGACUUCAUGCCCUUUAAAUCAUUACCAUUUGUUGAGUAUUACCAAUCACUAUUGCUGUGGAAGAUCCUUCAAAUGUCAGUCACUUAUUUUCACUAAACUCCAGCUUCUAACUCUCACCCCUCAUUGUCUGGUUUCGUCAGAUAAACCAGGGUGGAGAAGAUAAGCAUCAAGAAAAGGACGGGAGGGGAAAAAAUAGGAAAGGGAGAUAAAAACUUUGAGAAGAUGAGCUUCAUUUCCCCCCGCCGGUGUACUCAUCAAAUAUCCUGUUGUCAAUAAGACCUAGUUUUAGUCUCAGAGAAGGAAAGAAGAGAUGCCCCCCUGAGGACCGUGAAUCAUCCCCCUUUCCAGACCCCCUUUGGCUCUCCCUCAGGGCUCUCCUUUCACCCAAAAGAGCAAUUUAUUCCAAUUAUACGAGCAGUGUUAUUGAUUCGUAUCACGUUUUCUUAACUCGCCUCUACUUUCAAGUCUGAUUUAUAUAGAAAUUCUUCAUCUGUUUUUAAUGGGUGUGUUAUUAACCCUGUCGGGUCUAAUUUGGAAGAUGAUCAAGUUUGGAAUUGCUGAUGUGGGUUAUUGUUUCUGAGUUGAAGUUACGUGUGUGAUGGAUAAGGCCGGAAAUUGAGUGAGGACUGCGACUCAUUUCACAGAGGCGUACAAAAUCAAAACAAGCAAAUUCAUUGUCUUUUUCUCAGUUGUGUGUAUAAACAAUGAAGGCUGAUAAACAACAGAUUUGAGUGAUGAAGAAAGGGACUUUCUAUUUCUCAACUAGAGAGGGCUCUCUUCCACAUAAUUUAAACCACAGUCUAUCAACUUUCAACUGUUCAACUAUUAUCUUAAAUGGUAUCUAAGGUGAUUCCACCAAGAUGUUUAAUCUCAUAUUUGAACAAAUGAUGUAGAUAAUCAGCUUAAAAGAAAAAGCCAGAACCUGUUGAUUGAAAUCCAGAUUUGGCCAGUAUUGCUCCAAAGUUUUAAACCUAGCGACGGGUUCUUUUCUCAUCUGAUAGAAUCCAUCGCUGUGUUUAAGGUUAGUCUAAUAUUGAGUUUAACAAAGGAGGGUUCCACCAAUGCUUGUGUUAUCAAUGUCCUGUAUUCUACUUGACUUUCAAUCCAGCACCGGGGUUGCGCUAUUCUUCAAAAUCAGGUUUAACUAAAGGAAGUUGGUCAGAGGUCCAAGUUUUCCUGACUUGUUAAAAUAUGAACCUUUGUGUCAGUUUGAAUUGAAUUACUAAAUAUGGGCCUUUCAUAAAAAUCCCAAACUCUCAUUCUGUGCUUCAUUCUUUUCAGUUGUAAAGUUCUAAAGGACAAUGUUUUAAGUCCUGUUAAAUUCUUGAUGUUUUACCUGUACUUAAUCAUGUUUCCUAAAUUGUUCAGGCUUCAACAUUUUUAACGAGGACACAUAUUUCUAGGUCAUGUAUUUAUUACAUGGAACACAAACGAGAGAUUAAUUUAUGAAUUUUAUUUCACAACUCACAUGUUUUUAUCGACGGGCUUUCGUUUGUUAUUUCAAGUUCUUUUUCUGCUUUCGUUUCAAUUCUCUUUCAUUUCAUUUUCAAACUUGAAAUACGUUAUUUGAGGAUGAAUUAUCAUCUGUAGUUGGUAUAUACAUGUUAUUACCCAUUUAACAUCAAUUUCACUUUUCCAUUUGAUAAAGCAUUUGUUCACAAAUAUUCAGGUCGUUUUGAGGAAAGAGCAACUUGAUAUUUUAUUUGCUAAGAAUAUUUUCCCUAUUGAAAGUGCAAUGUGGGGAGACUGAAAAAAAUAAUGUUGGCUUUUGUAGAUAGUUUUAAUGUAUGUAAAGGUAAAAAAAGUUGAUAAUGAUAACUUCCAAAUGAAAUUCAAAAUUUCUUUAUUUCUAAUUAAUUUCCAUUCUGUAUUUUGUUGGCUGCCUGCAAGAAAGUAGUUAACUACCAUUGACAAUGCAUAACUCUAACAACCUUCAAGCAACCGAUGAAUUGGUCUGUCUCUAAAGGAAACAGUUUGAGAGAGAAUUUUGAUGAGUUCCAAAUAGAGAACUGAUGUGUGUAGAUAUAGUAGCUAGUUGCAUUAGAUACAAUGAUCUUGAAAAUAAUCUGAUUUAAAUGUCAAAUUCACCGUUAGGUAAUUUUUGUAGGCCAACACAGCAAUAUGCCAUGUGAGUCAUAGAUAAUGAAUAUAUAAAUAGUUGAAUUUUUACAAAAUGGCUCUAUGUAAUGAUAUGAACAUUUUUUUGUCCUUUUUUCUUUUGGGGUCUUAUUUGGCCACCAAUUAAUGAUAGAGAUUUGUUUGUUGGUGGUGGAUUAUGUAUGUGACGAAUUUACAAAGUCAAAUAAUGAAAUGAACUGUAAAUAUUUUUUGUCCGGAAGGAAAUCUUGUUCAUAAAUUGUGAUACAAUGCUGGAUUGAUAUACAGAUUUUAAAAAUGAAUUUUGUGUCAACUCAAAAAAAAAUGGUAGAACCUUAAAUAAGUACUUGUUAUUUGCUACAGUAUUAAAUUAUGACUGAGAAAAAAUGAA